AUGGAGCAAACAAAUCUAUGUUCUGAUAUCUGUAGGAUGCAGCUGAUUUUCAACGAAAUACAGGGAUGUGACUCAAAAAGAUAUUCUGAGUCGUUGAACGAGGUCGUUGGGAUGCUGAGCUCCCACGAGCUUCUUGAUGAAUUCUGUAGAAUACUGAACACAAUCCUUGUGUGCAGGAAGCCAUCGAUUCCAUUGCGCAUAUUGAACUUCUUGAGAAGGACAUUUGAGGAUCUUUCUGAAGAUCCGAGCAGCCAAGGAUUUGUUGUGGAAGUAUUUUCGUACCUUUUGCAGGCAUUAGAGUCGCGGAUGCAAAAGGUAAGGAGGAACUCGUUGCCAAUAAUUAGCCUUCUGCUUGAUGUAUUGCAUCCAAGCACUGUGGAUCGUGGAGUAAUCCAGAAGCUUUGCGAGAGACUGUUUGAUAAGGACAAGAGCGUGCGAAAAGAAACAGUCCGGGUUCUGUCUGGGUUUCAAGCAUCGGAGCUGAAUAGAAAUGUCAAGGUUGUCAAUCUGUUCAAGGACAUUCUAAGGUAUGAUCCAAACAAUGAUGUGAGGAUGUUUACAUUAAGUGUGAUAUCUGUUGAGAAAAGUACGUACAAUUGUGUUGUUGAAAGAUGCAUGGACACAGACGAGUCUAUCAGGAAGAUGUUCUAUAGCCUUUGCUUGCCUAAGAUUGAUCUGAAAGAGCUACCGGUGGACAGAAGAGUAUUUUUGAUGGAAAGGGCGGUUGCUGAGAGAGAUUUUGAUGCGAAAGGUAAGCUUGUGGAUGCGAUUUUGGCUGCAUACCGUGUUCCUGAGCAACUAGAAAUGCUGGUGGAUGAUUUUUACGACAGAAGCGCACUAGGACACCUGGAGACGCUACUGAGGUGUGUUUUUGAUAGGGUGGGGUGUUCUAGAGACCCAGGAUAUGUAAUAAGCCGGCCUACUGAAAAAAACACGUUUCUGUGCUUGACAGAGCUGCUGUAUGCUGAGGAAAAGGUUGGGAGAGACGAGCUGUGCUUGCCGGAAAUAGACGAGUUUGUAUCGGUGAUGUAUGAAUCGUGCAUGUCUGUGAUGGAAUGCACAAAUGAGGAGAGUAGAAGAGAGAUGGUGAAUAGAAUGAGGAAUCUGUUCCGGAUUGCAAAGAUGUAUGAUCUCUUCAGUGAUGCAUCAAGGAGGUGUAUACAAGGAAUAGUCUACAAGCUGCUUGCAAAGAGCUGCGCAGAGGAGAUUGUUGAAGAAGUUGUUGAGGAGGCAAUGCAGAUAACAAGCGUGGUUUGUGACACCGAUCUGAAUACUUUUAUAGGAAGCGUGGUCAAGAAGAGCAUGCAUGUGUCUCCUGGAAUAUGCCUGAUGGUGUGCAAGCAGGCAAUAAGGCACAUCCGCCCAUUCAGCAGCCUUCACAAUGCGAUUGUAGAUGAAAUCGUGGUGCCGAAUGUCAAGAAUGGAGGAAUGCUUGUGGAGGUGCUUGAGAUAGGGUUUUUCUAUGUAUUAGAAAGAGAGAAUGCACUGAUUGUUCAGGGCCUUAUUGAUGGGAUGAGAGAUAGCCACCGAGUGUGGUGCAUGUGUGUGGAUCUUGCGAUUUGCACAAGAAACCAGACGGUUGUGGCGUCUGUAGAAGAGUAUGCCAGGGAGAUAUUGGCAGGAUUUGAUGACGAGCAAAUGAUCAUUCCGGUGUCGAAGCUCAUUUUAUCAGGAUGUGUGCCUAGCAAAGAGCUUAAGGUAAUGUUUUUAAGGUUUGCACUUGCAAAAUACUACUGCACAGAUGAUGAUCAUCUAAAGCAGUAUUGUAGUGUUAUGUUUUUUGAGAUGUUUCAUGAGGACAGUGGCAUUUUGAUUGAGGUAUUUUGCGAUAUUCUUGGGGCAAUCGAUGAGUGUUCGCAUAGGGUCUUUGUAAGCCAGUCUUUAUACUGGAUAGGAAACAGCAAGUGUAUGAAUGGGUCGCAGCAGCUUUUCUACAAGAUUUGCAUCCAGCUUGCAAAUGAGCACGGAGAUGAAAGAUACAAGAAGCUACUGCUUGGCGUGCUUGAUAGUAUUGAUGUGCUGGCGUGUUGGGACUCAUGUGUGACAAAGAAGAUCAUGUUUUGCUGCUCAAUCAUUGCAAAAAGACUAGGCAGCAGACUAAGCAUUGGCGAUUCGCUAGCAAGACUAAUGGAAAUAGAUGAUGGCGAGCCCAUUGCCAAGGAUGAUUUGGAAAAUGCAAAAAUCGACUUGGGCAUCAAAUAA